ACUCUAGGGCCAUGUUUGGCAAAUGGGACAGAGAAAUGAUUUCCCACUCACCAUAAGACAUCUUUAAAUCCUAACCAUUCAUUCUCCCCCUUCCAUUUAAUCCUAAUCAUUCAUUCAUUUCCCAAUCCCAAUCCCACCCCUUAUUUCCUAUUAUCCAAACACACCCUAGGCCCUAGCUGCUGAUGCUGGACAUGGAAGUGAAGGGGUCAGAGGAGGAUCUGGACCCCCUCUCCGGCGACCUCCCUCCCCAAGCGGCAGUGUCCGGAUCGCGAGCCAUCGGCGGAGGGCCCCAUCGUCUCUCUGCCCCCCGCUCGCACGGAUCUACCGCCGGCGACGACGGGAGGGGCGGAGCCUCCAAGCUGCCGUUGCUGCUCGCGUGGAUCCGCCGUCGACGGGGAUGGGAGUGGCGGAUCCGACGAAUUCUUCCCCUCCCGCAUGGAUCCUGUCGUCUCUUCGGCCCCCUCUCGUGCGGAUCAACUGUCGACGGCGAUGGGAGGGGCGGAUCCGGCGACCUCUUCCCCUCCCGCACAUAUCCCCGUCUUCUCUCCACCCGUCUCUCGCGCGGAUCCGUAGGCGGCGGCGACGGGAGGGGUGGUUCCGGCGACCUCUUCCCCUCUCGCACGGAUCCCAUCGUCUCUUCGCGCCGGCGACGACAGGAGGGGCGGAAGCGGCAGCCUCCCCACUGCUGUCAGUUCCGGCCACUGCCGCACAGGAAAAUUGGAUAUGGAACUGCAAGUGAGGCUUUGGCCUGCAAGCUGCAGUUUAUUUUUGUCCGCAGAGAUUAUUUUAAUGAAGAGCCAUUCUUGCGGAUUUUACUUGAGCACUACCAGAGCAGUAUUGAAAUGACCAGAAGGGAGUUCCUUAAUGGGUACUGGAAACUUUAUCUACUCCGUGCUCUCACACUUGAACCAUGCUAUGAUGGUCCAACAAAUGGUGGUGAGGAAAAAGAAUUAGAUACAUAUUGGUAGAUGCGUCGACACAACUGCAUUGCCCUUCACAGGGAAGAGCCUGGGAUCCACAUUGAUUGGAGGUGGCUAAAUGCCCUAGAGGAAGAGCCUUACGAUCUAUAUUUUCUUUUGUGCUUCUAUUAUUUCUAUUGCCUGUGAUUGUAUUUGUGUAUUUUGGCCUGCGACAGAAAUAUGUAAAAACACGUUAGUGGGCGUGCUAGCUAAAAAUAGCGGAAAGAAAAGUGGGAUAGAAUCUAACUCGGAUAGAGUCGAGAUAGAAUCUGACUUCUGCCGUGGGCUGGCUAAACUGGAGUAGGAAACGGUGUGAGCGGCGAACCAACCUGACUCCUGCGAUUUUUUUUUUGUAUGUGAUCUUUUUUUUUUGGCGUGAACCUGGACUCAUGCCUUUUUUUUCUUUGUGUAUAUGUGAUAUUUAUUUUUGGGUGAAGGCUUGUAGAUUGAAACUACCUAGAAUUCUGGAAGCAGUCUGGGCUUGUGGGCUUGUGGA